UUCUGACUUUUGUGUUGGUUGACAGACAGUUGUUUCGAAUUCCAGAUGUUCUUCAGUUGUAAAUAUGCUGCUAUUGCUUUUCCGAUCCCCGCGCCUUCACAUCUGCAUCAGAUCCACCGUGCUCAUCAAUGAUGCUGCCCAAAUAUGUAAAGGUUUUUACAUCUUCCAAAUCUUCUCCGUCAAUUGUGAUUGGAUUGGUGCAUGCUGUGUUGUAUCGGAGAAUCUUGCUUUUUCCUUUGUGUAUGUUGAGACCUAGUGCUGCAGAGGCUGCUACUACACUGGUCGUCUUCUGCAUUUGUUGUUGCGUGUGCGAUAGAAGAGCAAGAUCCUCUGCGAAGUCGGGAUCGUCCAACUGCAUCCUAGAUGUCCACUUUAUCCCGUGCUUCCCUUCAGAUGUUGACGUCUUCAUGAUCCAGUCGAUCACCAGGAUAAAGAGAAAGGGUGGGAGUUAGCAACCUUGCCUGACACCGAUCUUUACUUCGAACGAGUUUGUCAACUGUACUCCA